GUGGUUUGUGGUUUUUUAUUCAUUUAAUAGCCUGGAAUUUUGUUGCAUCAAUUUAUUAUGAUGAAUUCUGUGUACACCUGGUGUCGUGACCACCGGCUCCAUCAUCGUUACUCCGACACGGAUGCCGACCCUCACAACUCCAAGCGUGGCUUCUUCUUCUGCCACAUCGGUUGGCUCAUGCAUAAGAAGCAUCCCUACGUCAAAGAAUUCGGAAAGAUGAUCAACAUGAGUGACUUGCAAGGUGAUUGGAUGGUGAUGUUUCAGAAAAAGUAUUACAUAGUUUUAUACCCAAUAUUAGCAAUACUGCUUCCAGUUUGGGUCCCAGUGCAUUACUUCGGUGAGACCUGGUGGAACUCUCUAUUCGUGAGUUUCUUUGCUCGCUACGUAUGCCAGUUGCACGGGACGUGGUGUGUCAACAGCAUAGCACACCUCUACGGCACUAGACCGUAUGAUAAGAAUUUGCAACCUGUGGAAUCAUGGUUCGUAUCCUUUUUAAGUCUAGGCGAGGGUUGGCACAACUACCACCACGCGUUCCCCUGGGACUACAAGGCCGCUGAGCUGACCAUGCAUUUCAAUCUAUCCGCCAGUAUCAUUAGAUUCCUUGAAAGGAUUGGAUUGGCUUAUGAAUUAAAAUCUGCUUCUACUGAUAUUGUAGCCAGUCGUGUAUUAAGGACGGGAGACGGCAGUCACUACAAGAUGGGCACUGAAGAAGGACGCGCGGCGGUGACAGCGUGGGGUCCACUACACCCUCUCAACCCUACCUACAACACUACUCUCACGGCACCAGACGUCAUACUCAAUCCAAGAGAACUAACACUAUGCAGUUAAAUUAAAAUCGACAUUGACACAAAAGAAAGUCUGAAUAUAGUUUAAGCAUAGGUACUCUUAAUUUUUCUUAAGAAUAUUUUUGUUUAGAUUUUUGAUUUGAUUUUUCGAUAUAACUUAUUAAUUCCAAUCAUUGUUCAUCUGUUUGAUCUGAAUCCAUAGUCUGAUCUUCCAUGGUUUUUUAGAGGUUAAACAUGUAAAGUAAAAGCACGUAGGCCCAACAAACAGCUUAGCACAUCUCCGAAAACGAAGUACUAAGAGGCAAGGUCAUUACAAUAUGCAAAUGUUUCCAUUAAACGAAAUCUAGCUCAACGAACAAUGUCACACGUAAUUAACAUAAAACAACAAUAGUUCAAGUUCUGUGCUCUAUUGCAACAAUGUAUAAAUUAUUUCAUAAUAACAAUUGAAAUACACAAAAGAUUUAAAACACCAUUCAUUACUAUUUUCCAUAUAUAUUUGUAUGUGUACAAACACCAUGAAAUAUGUAUAAUUGUACCUGAAACAUUUGACGGUACAAUACGUAGGUAGAACCACAUCUCCAAGUAGGUUCCAAAGAUCUACUUACCAUAUUGUAAAGAAGAAUUUAGACUAAGUGGUGCUUAUUAUAGAACAAUAUCGAAAGGCAAAUAAAGAAAGAAAGACAAUAAUGAAAGAAAUG